UUGCUGAUUAAAGAUGAGAGCGGCCAGCUAGCUUAGCUGCUUUAGCUAGCAUGAUUUGAUGGAGUCUGACAGGGUUGGAUAACCACGAUGGAGCGGCAGCGAACGACUUUGAUAUAGUAGUUAUAGCCAGAUACAGUGAUGCGUUAAAAGCGGUCGGUUUGGACACAGUAACUGAAGGCGGACAGCAACACGUUAUGCAGUCAUGAAGCGGAUUCGCACUGAGCAGAUCCAGUAUGCCGUGGCUCAGUACCUGAAGAGGAGGCAGUAUGUGGACACUGACGGCUCCCUGAAAGGAGCCAAGCUCUACCAGUCCCCCGAAGAAAUGGCUGCAAGUCUCACGGUGCAGACGGAGUCAGGAUGUUCCAAUGUCGUUUCUGCUGCGCCAUGCCAGUAUGACCCACAGCAGUAUGAGAUUCAGUAUUCCAAGCUCCGUGCCUUCCUGUCAGAAGCAGACAUAUCCUGGGCAAAAGAGGUGAGCAGUGUCCUCUAUCCGCUCUUCGUCUACCUCCACCUGGACAUGGUGCGCUUUGGACUGAAGGGGGCUGUGGAUGGUUUUUACAGUCGUUUUCAUGGCGCCUUUCUUCAGGACAGUGAGCAGCGUACCAUCAUAGAGCAGCUCCGCCAUGUCCUCAGUGCACAAGACAUUGUGACCAACCCCAAGCUGAAUGCUUUCUUAGAGCACAAAUAUGUGGUUCACCUGACGGAGCCAGCCUACAGCUACCUGCUGCGUUACUUGCAGAGUGAGGACAACAGCGCCCUCUGUAGGAUCCUCAGUACACACCUGCAGCUGGAGGUCAGUGCCUCGAGGCGGACAGACUACCAGCUCUAUGGAGCUGCUGGCGGGUCGACAGCUGCUCCAAACUCCACCUCCUCCUGGGCCGGAGUGGAUGGAACAGAGAGUGGUGAUGGGGUGGAGGUCCCAGCAGGGAUCCCACAGAAUGAGGCAGCCCUCGAGGCUCUGCAGGACUGCGUCAAGAAAGUCCGCGAGGGACCACCGUCACUCACCACUGUCUGUUUUUACGCCUUCCACCACACGGAGCAGAUGCUGAACACUGCUGAGGUCUCGGCUGACAGUCGGUUGCUGGCCGGUGGAUUUGACACCUCCACGGUAAAGCUGUGGAGCCUCCGUGCCAGGAAGCUCAAGGCCAGACCCCAUCAGGCUGAUGUGUCACACAUCCACCUGGCAUGUGACGUACUGGAGGAGGAAGUGGAUGAAGAGGACAGCUCAGGCAGUGAGAUAAAGACGCUGCGAGGUCACAGUGGCCCAGUAUUUCGUACCGCCUUCCUCACAGACAGCUCCGGCUUGCUCUCGUGCUCUGAGGACACAACCAUCCGCUACUGGGACCUGGGCAGCUUCACCAACACGGUGCUCUACCAGGGGCACGUCUACCCAGUAUGGGAUGUGGACGUCAGCCCCUGCAGCCUUUACUUUGCCAGUUGCUCUCACGAUCGCACCGCCCGUCUCUGGACGUUCUCCCGGACAUACCCACUGAGGCUCUAUGCAGGGCAUCUUUCUGAUGUCGACUGUGUGAAAUUCCACCCGAACUCCAACUAUUUAGCCACCGGUUCCACAGACAAGACUGUGCGACUCUGGAGCACCCAGCAGGGGGCGUCUGUUCGCCUUUUCACGGGCCACCGUGGCCCUGUGAAAGCCAUGUUGCGCUAG